AUAAAGUUGUACUUUUUAUGAUAGGAUUGAUAGCGUAUCCUGCACACCAGAUAUUUGUUAAUCGACAUCGAUUUGCGUAUUUAUUUUGUAAAUUAUAAAUAAAUUGAGUUCUAUAAAUUUCCCGGUAUGCCCCCAAAGAAGAUGACACCAUACCAAUUCAAAAAAGGCCUUACUUAUGUCAAGAAGGUUCCAAAUUUCCUGCAAGGGCUAACCUCUCAUACAAAUGAUUAUAUUGAUGAUGAACAAAAAGCAAGUGAAGAUUUCAGUGAUAAAGAACCUUCGGAUGAUGAACUUAAUGCGACAAGAGAAGAAGAAAGACCUCAAAUUGUAGUAUUAAAAGAAGGAAAACAUAUGAGCGAGGGAGAAGUAAGAUCGUAUCUGGAUUCUAGGAGAAAAUCUAAAGAAAAGGACUCUUCCUUGGUGGAAAAUAAAGAAAGUGAUAUCGACGAUAAUAUUCCAACUGUAGAUGAAAAAACUGGAAAAAUUCUUUUUCGUAAACCGAAAACGAAAAAUACAAACAAAUCAGAAACAGUCGUGGGCUCUCAUUCAAAGGCAAAAAAUGAAUCUAAAGUGCCAAUAAAAGCAAUUAAUGAGGUCAUCGAUGGCAUGAAGCGUAAACGCAAUAAUGAAAUUGAAAAUGAUAAAUCUGGAAAAAAACCUAAAACGGCGAAAAAGAAAUCACAAUCUCAUUUGAGUUUUAAUAACGAUGAGAUAUUAUAAUAUCCACCAAUAAUGUUAUUGUUGACAUUGUUGAUCAAAUUUU